CUGCGCACUCGGGGACAAGACACACAACACAAGUGUAUGUGUAUCGCUGCGCUUGCGCCGUCACACACACACGGAGAAGGGGGAGAGGGCGCUUGCGGAGACGAGACGACGAGAGUGAACAAGGCAGAGGGGAGAGGUCGAGAUGGAGUUUGGUUUCCUGGGGCUGGGCAUCAUGGGGAAGGCAAUGGCGACCAACCUCCUCCGCCGCGGCUUCCGCGUCACCGUCUGGAACCGAACCAUCGCCAAGUGCCAAGAGCUCGUCGCGCUGGGCGCCACCGUCGGGGAGACGCCCGCUUCCGUCGUCGGCAAGUGCAACUACACCAUCGCCAUGCUCUCCGACCCCAGCGCAGCGCUAUCAGUUGUCUUCGACAAGGAUGGCGUGCUCGAGCAGAUCGGGAAUGGGAAAGGGUAUGUGGACAUGUCCACUGUGGAUGCCACAACUUCUUCCAAGAUCAGUGAGGCAGUUAAACAAAAAGGUGGAGCUUUCCUUGAAGCUCCAGUUUCGGGGAGCAAGAAGCCAGCUGAAGACGGUCAACUGGUCAUUCUUGCUGCAGGGGACAAGCCAUUGUAUGAUGAUAUGGUGCCUGCAUUUGAUGUACUGGGGAAAAAGUCAUUCUUUCUUGGAGAGAUUGGAAAUGGAGCAAAGAUGAAGCUGGUGGUCAACAUGAUCAUGGGAAGUAUGAUGAAUUCUUUGUCCGAGGGACUCUGUUUGGCAGAUAAAAGUGGGUUGAGCCCCCAGACGCUUCUGGAUGUUCUGGACCUCGGUGCAAUUGCAAACCCAAUGUUCAAGUUGAAGGGGCCCUCAAUGCUCCAGGGCAGCUACAACCCUGCAUUUCCUCUGAAACAUCAGCAGAAGGACAUGAGGUUAGCUCUUGCUCUGGGAGAUGAAAACGCCAUCUCCAUGCCGGUCUCAGCAGCUGCGAAUGAGGCUUUCAAGAAGGCCAGAGGCCUGGGACUGGGGGACCUUGAUUUUUCGGCGGUCUAUGAGGUAGUGAAGGGCGCAGGUGGUUCAGGCCAGGCGUGAUGGAUGAUGGUCGCAUUUGGACGCUUGAAUCAUAUGACCGUGUCACCCCAUUUCUAUGCAGAUUUGCAACAGUGACUUGUCAUCGUAUUGAUGUGUAUAUUCAAGAUUUGACAGCUGACCUCGCAAAAGAAAUAAAUGAAGAUUUGAUACUA